UCUUCCCCUCAGCCUGUGGCCUGAGCCUCUCCUCUUCCCACUGCCUGCCCUUCCUGCAUGCUCAUGAGCUGGUCCCCGGAUCAGUGCCAGGGCCAGGGGCAGCCCCUGGGUGACAGACACACCCUCUGCGCCAGGCUGGUGGAAAGGCCCCAUGGAGGUUCUGAGGAGCUCCCAGAGUCCGGCCCGGGACCCAUUGCCACCCGCACGGCCUCAGGACCUGCCCUUGCCUUCUGGCAGGCAGUGCUGGCAGGGGAUGUGGGCUCUGUCUCCCGAAUCCUCUCAGACUCCCAUACCAGCCUGGCUCCUGACUCGGUCUUUGAUACCAGCGACCCAGAGCGAUGGAGGGAUUUCCGCUACAACAUCCGCGCUCUGAGACUCUGGUCCCUGACGUACCAGGAGGAGCUGACCACCCCACUGCACGUGGCCGCCAGCCGCGGCCACACGGAGGUUCUGCAGCUGCUGCUGCGGCGCCGGGCACAGCCAGACAGCGCCCCGGGGGGCCGCACGGCCCUGCAUGAGGCCUGUGCCGCGGGUCACACUGCCUGUGUCCACGUGCUGCUGGUGGCAGGUGCUGACCCCAACCUCCCUGACCAGGACGGGAAACGUCCCCUGCAUCUUUGCCGGGGACCUGGCACCCUCCAGUGUGCGGACCUGCUGCUGAGGUUCGGAGCGCAAGUGGAUGGGCGGUCUGAGGAGGAAGAGGAGACCCCCUUGCACACGGCUGCCCGGCUUGGCCACGUGGAGCUGGCAGACCUGCUGUUAAGACGGGGUGCGUGUCCAGAUGCCCGCAAUGCCGAAGGCUGGACGCCGCUGCUGGCUGCCUGUGACACUCGCUGCCAAUCCUCUGCUGAUGCUGAGGCCACCUCAGCCCGCUGUUUCCAGCUGUGCCACUUGCUGCUCUCCGCUGGAGCCGACGCCGAUGCCGCCGACCAGGACAGGCAGCGACCCCUGCACCUUGCCUGUCGCCGAGGCCAUGUGGCCGUGGUGGAGCUGUUGCUGUCCUGUGGCGUCAGUGCCAAUGCCAUGGACUAUGGGGGACACACGGCCCUGCACUGCGCUCUGCAGGGCCCGGCUGCAGCCCUGGCCCAGACCCCAGAGCAUGUGGUGCGGGCUUUGCUCAACCACGGUGCUGUCCGAGUGUGGCCGGGGGCCCUGCCCAAGGUGCUGGAGCGCUGGUGCUCGUCCCCAAGGACCAUCGAGGUCCUGAUGAACACCUACAGUGUCGUGAGGCUUCCCGAGGAGGCAGUGGGCCUGAUACCUCCUGAAAUGCUGCAGAAGCACCAGCGCUUCUACUCCUCGCUCUUUGCCCUGGUGAGACAGCCGCGAUCCCUGCAGCACCUGAGCCGCUGUACGCUGCGUGCGCACCUAGCAGGCUGCCUGCCUCUCACCCUGCCCCGCCUGCCCCUGCCGCCCCGCCUACUCCGCUACCUGCAGCUCGAGUUCGAGGAUGUGCUGUACUAGGUCCCCCAGGGCCAGUGGACACUCGGAAGCCACACAUCUUGUUCCAGACGUGCACCGCCUGUGGGGGCCUGAAGCAUAUGCCCCAGCCUGCAGCAGGUGGCCCAGGUGGCAGCAGAUCCAUCUCCACGGAGGUGCUCCGAUCCCCACCUGAGAGAGGUAGACACUUCACAGCGGCCAGGUGACCUCUGAUGACCAAGAGCAAGUGACAUCAUCCUCUUGGGGCUCGCCGGGGGGGCCCCUCUAGUCUGUGCAAACUCUGUGUGCACAUUAAAAUCUCCAGGCUC